AUGUCCGAUGCUGGUCCCAGCACAGUGACGCUCCCUCUGCUGCAUUUCAACGACGUCUACCGGCUGCGUCAGACAGACAAAUCAUUGGGUGGCGAUGGUCGUAUAGACGCUUCUCAAUUCGCACGAAAGAUUCACGAUAUACGCAAAGCUUGGGAUGGCGAUCAUGUAGGGCAAGGGCAGCAGGCCAACGACAGUCGACUGAACGGCCUUUGCCUGUUUUCGGGAGACGUUUUCAAUCCCUCUGUGGAGUCGAGCAUCAGCAGAGGCGAACAUAUGCUUGAGCCUUUGGCUGCCAUGUCCAUCGAUGCGGCCUGCAUAGGCAACCAUGACUUUGACUUCGGAUUUCCUCAUCUACGCAGCUUGAUGAAGCGGUGCUCGUUCCCGUGGCACCUGUCCAAUAUUGCGGACACAUCUGCAGAUGAAUCAGCUCGCGAUGCGAUAUCCGACGAGCCUCAGGAGGGGGAUGCCACUGUGCCUGGUACGACAAAGUUCACCAUCAUGCCUGUAGCAGGGCUUCGCGUCGCGAUCAUAGGUCUCGUGGAGAAGGAUUGGAUCGAGACCAUACCAGUUUGGCCUGCCGAGUUCAAGUACAGGUCAAUGGCUGCGACAGCAAGAGCCUUGUCAAAAGAGCUACGAGAUCCAGAAGGGCCACACAAAGCCGACCUCAUCAUUGCGUUGACGCAUAGCAGGCUCUCCAACGACAUUGCUUUGGCCAACGAGGUGGGUGCCACGCGUGGUGAAUCGGAUGAGCAUGGUGUGGAUAUCAUACUUGGAGGCCAUGACCACAUGUACUACAUUGGCAAAGGAGCUACCAAGUUUGAGGGUCAGGAAUUUGAACGUCCAGGAGGAUCCGGAGCGGACAAUGAUACCUUCAUAAUCAAAAGUGGCACCGACUUUCGUGAUUUAAGUGAAGCCGCGCUUACUAUCAGUGCGCCACGAGAGAGCAAGGUCAGGCGAAGGAGGAUCACCGAACUCAGUGUUCGGCGGCAUCGCACGCAACCUUCGGAUCCGCCUUUGCCAGAGCUGCGCGAGACUAUCGGUCAUUUACUUGCCAAGAUAGAUGAGAGCACAGGUCAGCCGGUAGCAUACACGCUUACGCCAUGGGACACUAGGGCAGGAGAAGUAAGACUUAAGGAGUCUGCAUGCGGGGAUCUGAUCGCCGAUAUCAUGAGAAUAUCUUACGAAAGCGUCCUUCGCGAUCGAGAUCGCCGAGGUCAGCUCGACAAAAAGCGCAAAGAGUCAUCGAGGGAGGUGGACAUAGCUCUGAUUUGUGGCGGUAGCUUACGCGGCGACUCGAGCUACGGACCUGGCAGUUUGCGACUUCGAGACAUCAUGGAGAUCAUGCCGUUCGACGAUAGUGUAGUGUGCUUAGAGCUCACGGGAGCUCAGAUCAUCGCUGCUCUAGAAAAUGGCUUCUCCACGUAUCCGAAACAAGAGGGCCGCUUUCCUCAGAUUUCUGGAGCUCAGGUCUUGUGGGAUUCUACCAAGCCGCCCGGCAAACGUGUAGUAAGCGCUACGCUUUUAGAGGAUGGCCAUCUAUUCCCCACAGACUCAGAAGGCAAACGGACGGCGGAUCAGCCCUUCACGUCGUAUGAUUUCGAGAAGCGCGAAGGCGGUGGGUAUUCUGUUGAGAUUCACCGCCCUAGGCUGAGGCUAGGCAAAGCACUUCAGGACGACAAAACCUAUCGUGUGGUGACCAGAGAAUUCAUGGCAGACGGUCAUGACGGGUACGAGGUGCUCAAAGCUGGGAAGGAACUCAUCGGUCACGAGGAAGGCAGCCUAAUGAGUGCGCUUGUCAGAAGAUACCUUUUAGGUGCAUCGAUGCUUUGGCGCAUGCGCAGUCUACACGAUGCAGCAACGCAUGGUGAUACAGCCCGGGACGACGGCGCCGGAACUACGGGAGCAGUCGCGCAAGAUGCAGACGAAGGGAAACGAGGACCCGCAGGUCUAUCUAACAGCGAAAGGACCAAAGCUGCCAUUGAGCGAGCACGAUUGUUAGGCUCGAGAGGCACUCAGGGAGCAGCUCCUUCGACACCUGCCAAGGGCCGCAAUGCGUUUGAUGACAGGCACAUGAGAUUCGUCGUUGAUGCCUCACCUUCCGGCAUUCGGGAUGCGCUUCACUUGUCCGCGGCAGAACAUCACUCGCAGCACGACAGAGUGACUCGACAUCUUGCACAAGCAUCCGGCAAAUCACCUCGAGCGAGCUCCAGCUCACCGCCAGAGAGCCCAUCGCGAUCAUCUGUCCUGCAUUUACGGGCUCAACGACGGCGCUUGCAACUCAGCCAAGACGCAUCGGAAGAUGAGCAUGUCGGAGACCUCUCCGCCGACACGACGAUAGAGAAGCAGAUUGAGGUGAGCGCGGAUGAUGCGCAAGAUUUGAGAGAGGCCAGCGCAGAUCUCGCCCUCGUUGCUCCGAUAGUGGACGGAAGGAUGCAGGACGUGGCGACGCAAGCUGAACCGCGCGGCAACAAGCAUUAA